AUGAACAACGAAAUAACGCAAGAGAUAGGAGCAGACUGGAUAACUGGAUACUUUCGCCAAGCACCGCGGCCAGAAAAACUUUCGCCAAGCACCGCGGUGUAUUUACUACUAAAAGACUAUCUGCAAAAACAGCAAUUUUCAAUUCGACCGUUUUACCAGCCAUGUUAUGUGAGUGUGAGGCGUGGAAUACCGCGCUCGUUGAAGAAAGGAAAUUUACAGUAUCCCAAAGAGCAAUGGAGUGACGGAUGGUUGGCAUCAACAGGCGGCAGCGCAUUCCAAAUGAAGUGCUUCAAGGCAAAUCUGGCGUGA